AACGCAAUCAUUUUUUUUAAACGUUUCACAAUGGAGGUUUGGUGGCAGAUGCGGUCGGUGUUUGUUAAUUUGCAAUUUUAAGAUUUAUAUGUGAUUAACAAGUUCGUUCGUUUUCAUAAAUCUUGACGUCACGUUUUAGAGCUGUGUACGGUCCCGGGAAAGGUUCGGAGGGUUUACAACAAUUGUUUUCUGCUUGCGGUUUGAGGAAGGAAAUAGUCUUUAGGCUAACGCUAUGUAGCAAGCGGACGUCAUACAUUUCAACGUGAACUCCGGACCUGAGAACUCUCCCGCUGUUAUAAAUCAUACACUAAGUUUGCAGGAAUGACCGAGUACAAGCUGGUGGUGGUCGGUGCGGGAGGCGUUGGGAAGAGCGCCCUUACCAUCCAGCUCAUCCAAAAUCACUUUGUGGAUGAAUAUGAUCCGACCAUCGAGGACUCGUACAGAAAACAGGUGGUGAUCGACGGUGAAACAUGUCUGUUGGACAUCCUGGACACUGCAGGUCAGGAGGAAUACAGUGCAAUGAGGGAUCAAUACAUGAGGACAGGAGAAGGGUUCCUCUGCGUCUAUGCCAUCAACAACACCAAGUCCUUUGAGGACGUUCACUUGUACAGAGAGCAGAUCAACAGGGUGAAGGACAGCGACAGCGUUCCCAUGGUGCUGGUGGGCAACAAGAGUGACUUGAGCUCACGCUCGGUGGAGACCCGACAGGCACAGGAACUCGCCCGAAGUUAUGGCGUGCCCUUUGUGGAGACCUCGGCCAAAACCAGACAGGGUGUGGAGGAAGCUUUCUACUCACUUGUGAGAGAGAUCAGAAGAUACAAGGAGACAAACCGCAGCAACAAGAAGAGCAAGAAGAACACUCAGAGACGUUGCAUGAUACUAUAGCAAUAGACACGCCUCCUGCACAGCACUUGCACUGCAAGCCCCUCUUAUAAUGUAUGUCAGAAAAGCCACAAGUUGUCCGUUUAUUGCUGUGAAUGUCUAGACCAACUGUAUUGUGAGCUAGUUUUUUAACAGCAGCAUUCGUUAAUACUGUAUUUUUUUAAAAAGAGAAUAAACAUUUCUCUAAUUGACUCUUGUUGCUAAUAUGUGUCAUAGCGGCAUGUCACUGUACUUUGCGCUGAUGACUCAUUAGGCUGAACCCUUGUGUGGGCUGCUGACAUUUUCAUGAUUUUUGACUCGAUUACAUAAAAAUUUCCUAGUAACCUAAUAUGUUUAUGUGUUAAAUGGGUGUUCUCCUGCAUAUGUUCCAUUAAGUUCCUGUAUGUUUUGGUUAUCAUUUUAUUGUUCCUCUAGCAACGUUUUUGAAGUGACAUCAUUUUUUGAAGUCAAAAAGCAAAAGCAUGAAAUGCACACAGGCGGGAAGUGGGGUGCUGAGGGUUCUGCAGCAUCCCCUGGUGUUGUAGAGGAAAAAAGUGUUUUGAUAUUCUUUUUUUGUUGUUGUUGUUAAAAUGAAUAAAUAAAUAAAACCCAUUGAAACAAUAGUGUACAAUAUUUAACUUUGGGGAUUAAAUAUAUAUGGCA